AUGAACACUAUCCUUUUACCAUUCAUCACAAUGGCAAGUCGCUUGGCAAGUAUUUACGGUACAGAGCAAGACAAAGUAAACUGUACGUUUUAUUCAAAAAUUGGUGCUUGUCGACACGGAGAACGAUGCUCUCGUAAGCAUGUGAAGCCAAAUUUCAGUCAAACGAUUUUGUGCCCCAAUUUGUAUAAGAAUCCAAUCCACGAACCAGCAGGAAAGCGGAUGUCUGAUCGCGAAUUGAAUUUCCAAUUUGACGCGUUUUAUGAAGAUAUGUUUUGUGAAUUUGCCAAAUAUGGUGAAGUGGAACAAAUUGUUGUUUGUGACAACGUCGGAGACCAUCUAAUCGGAAACGUGUAUGUGCGUUUUAAGUAUGAAGAUUCUGCACAAAAGGCUGUGGACGAUUUGAAUUCACGUUGGUAUUCCCAAAAGCCAGUAUAUGCCGAGUUGUCUCCUGUUACCGACUUUCGUGAGGCCUGUUGCCGUCAGCACGAGACAUCAGAAUGUUUGCGCGGUGGCCUGUGUAACUUUAUGCAUGCCAGAAAGCCAGAUCAUCACUUAAUGCGGGAGUUAAAUACGUCUCAACGUAAAUACUUUACUAUGAAUGCUUACGAUGAGAUGACAAAAAAAGCUUUGAAUCCACAGGGCUCAUCGGAUAAUUGGGUGGGCGCGUCGGUUGAGCAAAGAAGAUAA